UGAAUUGAAAAAAAGAAGAGCCGACCAAAUUCGCGAUAACACCAGGAGAUCUGCGAGAAUAGCAUCUCUCAAUCUCUCAUACUCAACAAGUCCCGGUUCAAUAUACUCAAAUGCAAAUAGAGAGAGACUGGUCGCUCAUCCAGGUCGGAUUUCUGCCAUAUAUUCAUCAAUUUGUCAUUCCGUGAUGAACCACGAUGGACAAAAAUAGCGACUCCGACAGGGUGCAAAGCAGUUCGUCGCAAGAUUCAGACCCAGAAAACCCCAGGGAUGAAAGCAUCACUCAGAAUAAACAUGAAGAUGAACAGACGAUGAGAACUGCUCCUACAGUUUUAGCACCACAGGCAAGCAAGUCGCAAAGCAAAGGAGAAGCCGGCCGUGAUCCUUCCUCCAUUCCCAGCCCUGAUGUUCUCAUUCCCGAAGCUGCCUCUGUGACCACUCACAACAGCGGCGUGGAGUCAGCAAAGACCCCUAUACUUCAGCGACUGUGGCUUGCAUUAUCUUGGGGCCCAGAGGCAACGCGUUACAAUCCCGAGAAGCCACUCAAGUUUUCACUUGGUCUCAAUGUCCUGUUCGCAAUUGCAACUACUGUGACUGUUGCAAACAUUUACUACAAUCAACCAAUCUUGAACAAGAUGGCCGAGAGCUUCAACGUCAGCUUCGAGAGAGCAGCGUCGGUGGCAACGCUGAUGCAAGCUGGCUAUGCGGGCGGGCUGCUUUUUCUUUGUCCGCUAGGCGACGUCCUUGAAAGGAGGCCGUUUAUUCUUGGGUUGGUAAUGCUCACGAUAUUGUUUUGGUUGGGACUGUGCAUCGCGAAAUCGUUCGAGGUCUUCCAGGCCAUGUCCUUUCUCUGUGGUUUCACCACAGUAACGCCGCAACUUAUGUUACCUCUGGUCGGUGACUUGGCGCCGCCGAACAGAAGGGCGAGUUCUUUGUCCGUUGCAGUCGCCGGCCUGUCGUUGGGUAUGAUGGUGGCCCGGGUUCUCUCCGGCAUCGUGUCAAACUUUACGGAAUGGCGCAACAUCUACUGGGUUGCACUUGGCCUUCAAUUGGCACUGCUUGCUGCCCUGUGGCUCCAUCUGCCAAACUACCCAUCCAAAAACCCCGGCGGUCUCAACUACUUUGGGAUGCUGCUCAACAUCUUCACUCUCAUCGCCAGCGAGGCUGUGCUUUUGCAGGCAUGCCUGAUAUCGUUUUGUAUAAGCGCCGUCUUUACAUCUUACUGGACGACGCUUUCCUUUCUUCUCUCAUCAGCCCCAUAUAACUUUGGACCACUCCAGAUUGGGUUGUUUGGGCUGAUAGGAUUCUUUGUUGUCUUUUGGGGUCCAGCAUUCGGCAGACUUGUGCUCGAUAAAUUGGUUGCGUUGGUACCUGCGAUUUGCGGGAUCAUGAUUAAUCUCGUUGGCGUCACCAUUGGCACUUUUACUGGCACCUUCACAUUAGCCGGCCCGAUAGUGCAAGCUAUAUUCAUCGACGUCUCCAACCAAACUUGCAACACCGCUCUGCGUAUGGCUAUAUUCAACAUUGAUCCAAAGGCAAGAAACAGAGUCAAUGUUGCCUACAUGAUAGCAGCGUUUUGUGGACAACUUACCGGUACGGCCGUAGGAAACCGGCUUUAUGCCCAGGGAGGCUGGAGGUGGAGUGGUAGUUGUAGCAUGGGCUUCCUUGGCUUUGCAAUACUGGUCUGCUUGGCUAGAGGACCUCGUGAGACCGGCUGGGUGGGUUGGACCGGUGGAUGGAGUCCCCGGGUCGAGAGACGUGAGAAAGCCUCACCAGUACCAAACCAGCAACAGACUUCCCCAGAGUUGUCUGAGAGCCCUGAAGCCAAAGUAUAAAGAUGGAAGAAUAGUGCCAAUAGAGAGAUGUUAACAAUGGUUGCUUUCAUUCAAAAACCGUAGUCAAGAGAGUACGGCAUCAUAAACAGUCUCGAGGCUGUUCCGCGGGCGCCAUGACUACAUAGUCCUGUCGCCCGCUAAUAUUAGAGUGUCCACUAUACACAAAAGAGAAAACUAUAGACUAAUUUGAGUAGUCUGUUCGGGCGUGU